UUCCGGCCUGCCAUUCCGAGUUCGCGCCGUGUUCAGUUCCAAAUUAAAUUGAAAGCAUUGUGAUUUUAAAGCGUAAUUGCAAAACGUUGGUGUCGAAACAGUUCCAGAAGUUGGAAUUACUAUUUAACAGUCUUUAUUUAGCCGUUACCAUUGAAUCCUUAUCCACCAUGUUUUGGGGACUGAUAAUGGAACCGAACAAACGGUACACCCAAGUGGUGGAAAAGCCGUUCCACAUAUCCCAGGCAGCAAUGGACAUCUCCACAGGCGAUAAUGACCCGUGCCAAGUCAUGGUGGUGGUCGACGGAAAGAACUUCUUGGUGUGCACACUCCAGAAGAACAAGAAUAUCCAAGUGCCUUUGGAUCUGUACUUCAAAUCGGGAGAUGCUAUUUCAUUUUUGACAAAUGGAAAGUGCAAUGUCCACUUAACUGGCUACUUGGACCCUGAGUUUGAGGACGAAGAGGAGUCCGAAGGUGAGGAGGAGGAGGAAGUGGACGAGGCCCCCACGCUGGUGUCCGCGGCCAAGAGGAAACUCGAGAACGGCAAUGAGAAGAAUGCCAAAAAGCAAAAGAAGGACAAGAAAGCCGCCCAGGCUGACAGCUCAGACUCUGAUGAUGAAGGUGAAGACCAGCUCCAGAAGAUCCUUGAUGGUGAAGAUCUGGACACAGACGACAAUGAUGAGUCCUUCAAGCUAAACACCACGGCUGAGGACAGUGACAGUGAUGAAGAAGAGUCCGAUGACGAAGAGGAAGCAGAAGACGAGGAAGGCGAGGAGGAGGAGGAAGACUCCUCAGAGGAGGCCGAGACCACCCUCGACACCAGCAAGGAGGAGGCGAAGGUCGACACGUCCAAGCUGAGCAAGUCGGCCAGGAGGCGCCUCAAGAAGAAGCUGCAGAAGGAGGGCAAGGUGCCCCAGCUCAACGGCGUCGACAAGCCUAAGAAAGACGCUAAAGGCGAGCAACAGCAAAAAGAAAAGAAGAAGCCAGAGGCCAAGAAGGAAGCCCAACAGAACGGACAAGUAGAAAAGAAGGAAAAGAAGAUCACCAGCGGAGGCGUGGCCAUUGAAGACUUGAAAGUUGGAAACGGACCUGUUGCCAAGCCAGGCAAAAAUGUUAUGGUAUACUAUGAAGGGCGCCUGAAGUCCAACAACAAGAUGUUCGACAACUGCCUGAAGGGGCCCGGGUUCAAGUUCCGACUGGGCGGCAAGGAGGUGAUCACGGGCUGGGACGUCGGUAUCAACGGCAUGAAGGUCGGCGGCAAGAGGCGUAUCGUCUGUCCACCCAACAUGGCGUACGGUGCUAAAGGCUCCCCUCCAGUCAUUCCGCCUAAUUCCACCCUAGUCUUCGAAGUGGAACUAAAGAAUGUUAAAUAGGUGUAAGGAAGCUGUCGCCAGUGUCACGGACACUUGUUUGUUUCGGAUCCGCCGAGGUUGUUGAAUGUUGCCAUGAAUGAGAGGAUUGUUUGAUCAUGGUUUGAUAAUGCAAGGUUUUUUCUUAUAUUUUUCCUUUUAUUUACUGGUUUAGGAUGAAACUACCUUUCUUUAUCAGAUCAUUGGUUGCUCAUGUUUAAGGUGCUUGUAUGAAGUAUCUGCAAUGUUAUUGCACAAAAUGCACGAUUUGUAACAUCUGUUCCUAACCACAUUGCAGAAACUUCAUACUUGUGUUAGACUGUAAGCUUGUAUAAGUUAGAUUGUAAGAACUCUACUGGACAUAAUUAUGAGUAUUUCAUUGACUUGUAAUUCAAUAUUUUAUGUUAAUUUAAACACUGAAUUGUAAUAAAAUAGUUUCUAUCAUAAUCAGUAGAAGAUCUACUUUCAUUUGGCAGUUUUAAUAAUUAAAGGCCUCUUUUGUAAGUCAAUAUAUUGUAAAAAUUACCUGCAUUGAAUAUUGCCAUUUGAUUGAUAUUUUAUCUGUCAUAUGUGAUUAACUUCAGUACCAUCACACAAGCAAGUUAUUUGUCACUAAUCAAAUCAUGGCAAUAGAAUGGCAGGAAUAAAACUUCCGAAUUCCA